UGUGUCACUCUCUCUCUCUCUCUCUAUCAUGUGUUUUUUCACCCUCUGAAACCCCAAAUUUUGUCCUUAUUUUCUUGCUUUUCAACCUCCAAAUGUCAUCGGUUUCUAAUUCCCAAGUGAUUGAUCUUUCCGUUACAUAAAAUUUCGAUUGGUAAUUCUUCCUAUUUGGGGUUUUUAAUUUCUGUACGGAUAAUGCUGUAAGAGAAGGAGAAGCAAUGGAGGAGAGUUAUGUGAAUAAUGGUGGUGGUUGUGGGUUUUCUUCUUCUGCACAAUUUCAGAGCUGUGGCGGUGGCAGUGGCGGUGGCGAUAGCAGCGAGGAAGAGUUGUCCGUUUUGCCCCGCCAUACUAAGGUGGUUGUCACCGGAAACAACCGUACCAAAUCUGUUCUCGUUGGGCUACAAGGUGUUGUAAAGAAGGCUGUUGGUCUCGGAGGCUGGCAUUGGCUGGUGCUGACAAAUGGAAUAGAAGUGAAGUUACAAAGGAAUGCUCUUAGUGUGAUUGAAGCUCCUACUGGUAAUGAAGAUGAUGAUGAUCUUGAGUUUGAAAACGGACUGUGGAACGGCUCUGAUCUGGCUUCUGAUGAUACCCAAAAGUCACAUCACCGAUCAAGGCACCGCCCACAUAAAUCAGCAGGGUCAUCGUCACACAAGACUGUUAGCCGGUCUCUAUCUUGUGACUCACAAUCCAAGACCUCUUUUACGAAUUCUCGUGGGUCUGUGAAGGUUGAUCUCAGCAAACUAGAGAUGGCUGCCUUACGGAGAUAUUGGCGACACUUUAAUCUUGCGGGUGUGAUCCCCAACCCGUCUAAGGAGCAGCUUGUGGAUAUUGUCCAAAGGCAUUUCAUGUCACAGACACUGGAUGAGUUGCAGGUGAUCGUGGGGUUUGCACAGGCAGCAAAGAAACUGAAGACUGUAUGCAAAUGAAUCCCCAUAUUCUAUCUAAAUAUCUCUCAAAGUGCAGUAACAAAAAGGGAGAUAUGGAUGUUGUUGACUAACAGUAGUAGAUACUUUUAAGCUUAAUUAAUUAAGAAAGGGCUGUUUGGUAGUAUUCUCACUUAUUAUUAAUUAAUGUAGAUAUAUGAUGAAUGUAAUGUAAUGUAAUGUGAUCCAGACCCUAAUUAAUUAAUUAAUUGCCAUCAUCCUUUGCAAUGCUCU